AUGCGCCGUCUCGACCACAAAAAACUAGUCAUUAUUGGUGACGGCGCUUGCGGAAAGACCUCUCUUCUCUCGGUAUUUACUCUGGGAUAUUUUCCCACCCACUACGUCCCAACAGUCUUCGAGAACUACGUUACAGAUUGUCGAGUGGAUGGGCGAUCGGUUCAAUUGGCUUUAUGGGAUACCGCUGGACAGGAAGAUUAUGAACGACUGAGGCCACUCGCCUACUCCAAAUCACAUGUCAUCCUUAUCGGCUUCAGUGUGGACAGUCCCGACAGUUUAGAAAACGUACGGCAUAAGUGGAUUGAGGAGGCCCGCGAACGAUGUCCAGAUGUACCCAUUAUCCUUGUUGGACUCAAGAAAGAUCUUCGUGAAGAUCCAAUGGCGAUCGAGGAAAUGCGCAAGAAGAGUCUGAAGUUUGUCACUUCUCGGGAAGGCACUGAAAUGGCACAGUCGUGCGGGGCGCGGAAAUAUCUCGAAUGUUCUUCCCUGACCGGUGAGGGCGUCGACGAUGUCUUUGAGGCUGCGACCCGGGCUGCACUCCUCACUUUCAACGAUCGAAAAUCUGGCGGAGGAUGCUGCACGAUUCUAUGA